AUGAUUCCUUUACUUGGUGUCAUCAUUGACAUACAGAGGAACAUUCCUCCUGAACAGGGAUCUAUUACAUACUAUGGAGGUCCUCUCGAUGAAAAUAAAGUUAAGUUGACUAAGGCCGAGUUUCCUCUUAACUCUGGCCUCUGGAAGUUCACACAUACUUCAGCUGAUGAGACAUCCGGGGGACUUUUUAAUGUUAAGGAAGUUAAGUAUGGACAUGGCGGUAGUGAUAUAAAUGAUGUAAGACCUCAAGAACCUAUAAAGUCUUUAUCAGUAUGGUAUCAUUCUGGAGAUAAGCAUCAUAAUCAACCUCUCCUUGUUGAAAUAUGGGAGAAAGAAGGGAAUUAUAAAUAUCAUGAAACUAAGGGAAAUGGCUCUUGGAAUCCACAUAGUAAUGGUUCUCAAGAUAAUCAACGGCUGGAAGGUAAAGCCCUUGAGCAGAAACUUGACAACCUCAAUUGUAAACAUUACAAGUUGGUAAAUAUCGAUCUAACUCGUAAUAGAUACAGAACGGGAAAUAAAUAUUGUUGUGACAAGCAUGAUACUGGUAAAAAAAGGGUCUCUGUUAGAGAGGAGAAAGUGGCCAAUACUAUUCCCUAUUUCAAGCAUCAUAUUGGUGGUGAAUCUGAACUCUCUGGCAUCAAGUAUAACGAGGAUGGUCAGUCUAGUGGUAGGAGGAAUAUAACUUUAAGUGGACACGAAUUUCCAAUUAAAGGCCCACUCAGCGUCUACGCGUUUUAUUGUACAGAUAAUGAUCCAGUACUAAUAUACGUCAAAGAAGGAAGCCCUGUUGUUAACAAGUGGUUCAAGAAAGGCAAUACUGGUGGUUACACAUGGACAGAGACCUUGGAAGGACUCCGAAAUACAAUGCCAGAUAAAAUCAAAACUUGUGGUGACGGUAACUUUGACCAACUUGUGAAGGAACUAAAAGACUUUGGAUGUGGCUAUUCAACAUGUCCUCAACAACAACCUCCACCACCGCCUCCGCCGCCCCCUCCUCUACCUGGCGGUGGUGGACCUGUUGGUAAAGAUGGUGAAGGUUCUGGUGAUCCUGAUGCUAGUGGUGUUGAAGGACCUACUGGCCCUGCUCCUGGACCUGGUUCUGUUGAAGGUGAACCUCAAGCUUAA